AUGCUAUACAUCCCUUGGCGAAGCGAGGAGGAAGAAUUAAAAAAUCCCACCAUAAAUAUAAAGGACAUAUUUGAUGAUUAUAAAGAAAGAAUAAAGGCCGAUAGUAAACAAUUCAAUAAACUAGGUGAUGCUGAAAUGUUUGAAACAUUGCUAACAGAAAUAAGAAAUUUAGAAUUAAUAAACGAAGAAGAAGAUUUGCAAGGAAGAGGAGUCAACGUUGAUGUAUUUGAAGGCUUUGAAUUUGAGACGCAAAUAGUAGAAGACCUCAUUCCAGGCGGAAAUCCCGGGCCGCAAUUGUGUGGUGACCCCUCAACUUUCAUUGCGCAACCGCCUCUCUUGUCCCAUGACGAUAUUUUGAUUCUAACUAGAAAACUAAAUGAUGCCCAAAGAGACAUGUUAUUUCAAAUUUAUCAACACUUUUCCAUUGCUUCUCCACAUCCACUAUAUUUAUUUAUCAGUGGUUGGGCUGGCGUUGGCAAAAGUAUCCUGAUUAGAGCAAUUUAUCAAUGCCUAACUCUCUUAUUUAACAGAGAAGCUGGUAGUAAUCCCGAUGCAUUAAAAAUACUUUUAACAGCCUUUACCGGUAAAGCUGCAUUCAGAAUAGGAGGGCAAACAAUCGUACGUAGCGCACUUGGACUUCCAGUGUCUCAAGCGGGUAAUAUUUUACCAGAGCUGUCACCAAGUGUGGCCAAUACUCUGGCCACAAAACUAGCAAAAAUUCUUUUAAUUGUAAUUGAUGAAAUAUCAAUGCUAGGAUCCAGCACAUUCCAUCAAACAAAUCGUAGACUGCAGCAAAUAUUUCACUCGUCUACCUUCUUUUCUGGAAUUUCAGUAAUAGUAGUUGGAGACUUCAGACAAUUACCACCUGUAGGCGACAACUGCGUGUUUCAAGCUAAUUCUCGAAAUCCUUUAGCAGAAAUAGCAGGUACGCCGCUUUGCGAUUUAUUUGUACUGACAGAGCUUAAAGAAAUAAUGCGUCAAAGGGAUGAUGUUGCCUUUGCAACGGCAUUAAAUAAUAUGGCUAGUGGAUGUAUGUCACCUGAAGAUGUCAAUUUAAUUGAAGGUCGGUGCUUUAGUAACUCAUCACUUCCAGACACGUGUAAGGGCGCAGUUCAUCUAUUCAGCAGUAACCGAGAAGUUGGUGAGCAUAAUUCUAAAAUACUCUCAAAUAUGACUACCGAAGGAGCGAUAUCCCGGGCUGUGGAUAGAGUAAGUGGCGAAGCUAAUCCCGAUAUGAAAGAAAAAGCUCUAAACACAGUUGCCAAGUUACCUACGUCUCAAACCUACGGAUUACCUAAUGCUACAACUUUAAAAGUCACGGCUUAA